AUGUCCAAGCUUCGAGAUUGGGCAGGCCUCCCAGAUGGCCUGCUGCACUCCAUUGUUGAAUUGUUGGGGUCCUUCCCUGACCUUCUUGCCUUUGCAGCCACCUGCCACCCCUGGCGCUCUGCCUUCUCAUCUUACCCAUCUCUUCUCCUCGACCCUAAUGUCUCUUUCUGCUCCUCUCGCCAUUUUCCAAAUGCCAGAAACACCUCUGUACCCAAACGCCCAUGUUACGUCAUUGACCUAGCUAGCCAAGAUACAAUACUUUGCUCUCAGAUUCCUCUGCUUUCUGUUGAUUAUGGAAAUAAUCGCCCACCAAGUGCUUUGCAUAAGUUUGCUUUUAGGGGUGCUUCCUUUGGCCAUAUGAUCUUCUCCAGCAACAAAAUAUGUUUUCUUUUUGAUGUGUUCACUGGUAUUGAGGUUUCACCUCCACUACUGCCAGCUGAUGAAUAUAGUGAGAUCCGCUGUGGUGCUACCCUCACAGGUCCUCUAGCAUCUCCCAACUCACAUCUCAUUGUCUGCACUUUGUCCUUCAACUUCUUUUGGCGUGUUGGUAGUGACUCUUGGUCAAAAUGCUCUCCUCGCAAUGGAUCACUCACCGAGUUUGUAGUCUUCAAAGGCCAGGUCUUUGGCAUGGGUUCUGAUCGUAGUUUGUUCAUGGUUCACUUGUCUCCUCAGAUCCAUUUACAGGAGAUACCAGUUUCCUGGGGUGUAAGAAAUAGCAUGACCAAAUGGCAUCUUUGCGACCCUUGGCUAGUGGUGUGCGACGACAUGCUUCUCAUGGUUGGCUGCCAGAGUGAAUUCCCAGGAAUAACAUGGUAUGUAUUUGAAGCUUACCGUAUUGACACUUCGACUGACCCUGCAAAGUGGGUGAAGGUGGAGAGGUUGGAGAACUGGGCGAUAUUCAUCAGCAGUGACCGGAGAGUUCAGCCACUUUCAUGCCUGAAUCCAGAGAGGUGGGGAGGGAGGAGCAACUGUGUAUACUGCUAUGAUUAUGAAUUUGGCCAUUUGGUUGCAUUUGAGUUGGGCAAGCCACUGCCUGAAGAUGAUGCCACCAGGUCUGAUGUCUUUAUUUUCACAUGUGUUGGUAGCAUGGUGCAACCUAUAUGGAUUGUCCCCAGUAUGCUCUCUUUGUGUUGUGAUGGUCAGUGA